ACUCCGGCUUUGCGACACUUGGACGUGGAUGAGGUGAUGUGUCUGCUUGCGCAGCUGUUCGACGCCGUAGCCGAGCUGGAGCGCUGUGGUGUAGCCCAUCGUGACAUCCGCCUCAGCAAUAUUCUCCUGAGGCGGCGAAACUUGGGCUCUACUGGCGACGCCCAACCGGGACAGCGAUUGCCCGAUCAAGGGAACUCUUCAUCUGGCUCGCUGUCUCAGACGGCCUCAAGCCGGAGUCGGCAGGAUGCUGGCCUCGGGUCGGAGCAAGUGUCUUCGGACAAACAGCAUCACAGCAAAGAAGCCGCCCACACCCAACAUACUCGCGAGUCGGUUGCACUGGAGUUCGCCAACAAGGCGAUGCAAAUACGACGCGAGCUGGAGACGGACACAAAGUCGGCCAGUGAGCCGGUCACCUUGACUUCCUCAGAGGCUAUAGAACCGGGGAUACCAACUGAUCUGCCAUCUUGGAUGGACGGUCAGCUGAAGUGGACUGCAGUUUCGACCUUGCAUAGAUCUUAUCAAUACCCUAAGCAGGAGUCGAAUCGUGACAGUGUAGCAUGCGGCAACAUUGUCAUGAGUGCCCUUGGGUCAUAG